AUGGAGUUCCUUGGCACCACCCAGACGGCCAGCUACUGCAGGCCCAGGAAGUUCUGCGGCCUCAGCGCACUGGCCCCCGUGGCCGCCUGGCCCCCGCCGCAGGUGGGCACGCCACCCCUGGUGACCCAGGAGUGCUACCAGCCCUUCUCCCUGCCCGGGUGCCGUGACCCCAACUCCUGGAGGCCCCGCGUCCUGUACCGGGUCUUGGGCGCCCAGGGCUGCCCCGAGGAGUGCGGCGGGGGCCAGCCGAUGCCUGUCAGCCUGCCCAUGCUCCGCUCCACGCUCUUCGGCCGCUCGGACGCCAGGGACUGGGAGCAGUCCAGCCAGCUGCAGCUGCGAGCCAACGACGCCUCGCGCCUCUGGGCCGGCCGCAUGGUGGGCGACACCGGGCGGCUCAUGCAGGACAAGGACCAGCUGACGCGCCAGACGCAGGAGGGCACCACCCGGAACCUGGGCCAGAGGCUCACAGACAUCGGCUUCUGGAAGGCCGAGCUCAGCCACGAGCUCGAGCGGCUUCUCAACGAGAACCAGAGCAUGGACAGCACCCGGCGGCGGCUGGAGAACGCGGCGCAGGAGCUGAACUGCCCGCUGCAGGUGGCCCUGGAGUGUCUAUACCAGAGAGAGAAAAGGAUCGAGACGGAUCUGGUCCACGACAGUGUGGAGAAGAACCUGAUCCGGGAAGUAGAUUUGCUUAAAUGCUGCCAAGAACAACUGAGAAAACUGGCCCAAAGGAUGGAUGCCCAGAUACGGGAUAACAGAGACGCUCAGCACGCUCUGGAGAAGGACAUUGAGGACAAACAGUCGGCCCAGUGCAUCGACGAGAAGUGCUUCAACCUGAGGAACACAUCAGACUGCAUCAGCUACUUCCAUGGCAUGGAGAAAAUGGACAACAUGGUCUCCGUGCCCGAGACCUGGGCCAAGUUCAGCAACGACAACAUCAGGCACGCUCAGAACAUGCGGGCCAACUCCAUCCGGGUGCGCGAGGAGGCCGAGAACCUCUUCGAGAGCCUGUCGGAUCAGCUGUGGAAGCAGUUCACCAGCACCAACCUGGCCUUCAGCGCCCGCAUCGCCGAGGUAAUGGACAUGAAGAACAAGUUGCAGAUGCAGCUGGCCAAGACGCUGCAGGAGAUCUUCCAGACGGAGAACACGGUGCUGCUGCUGGAGCGAGCCAUCCAGACCAAGGAGACGCCGCUGAAGGUGGCGCAGACGCGGCUCGAGUGCCGUAGCCGGCGCCCCAACGUGGAACUGUGCCAGGACGGGCCCCAGUUCAAGCUCUUGAACGAGGUGUCCACCAUCGACGAGACGCUGCAGACGCUGCGCACGCGGCUGCGGGGGACGCAGGACUCGCUGCAGCUGCUGCUGCUGACCAAGUCCCGGCUGGAGCACGAGCUGGCCAUCAAGGCCAACACGCUGUGCAUCGACAAGGACCGCUGCCUGAGCAUGCGCAGGGCCUUCCCCAGCACCCCGCGCCUGAUGGGCUACGCCUGA